AUGUCUGUCCCGCCGGACCGGCCGGCAGAAUUGCGAUCAUGCACAUGUGGGCCGGUCUGGCAGGAUCCAGGAGACAUUAGUGCCUCAGGGACAGAAGCACCUGCCCGUCAGACCUCCGUCCCAUUGGGACUGUGGACACAAGCAUUUCCAGCCUCGUGGUCUGGUACGGCCGGCAACACCCCUCUUGUGCACACAUCUGCCGGUGUGAGUGUGUGCGACAGCCAGUGUGGUCAAGCUGGACCAGGUUGUUUAUGGACUGGGGUC